AUGCGAGAUAUUGAUGAUAUCAUAUGCCUUCUGAAGGUGACUGACGCUGAGGAUAUGCCAAUUUUUGCUGCGCGUGAUCUGCAAAAGCUACCGCCGGUGUUAUUCGAUCAUGUAGAUGUUACGCGUUUACUCAAGGAUUUGGUCAGAUUACGUAGCGAUGUUGAUCGUAUUGAAAAUGAAUACGUUACUGUGAAGCACUUAGAGGGAUUACAGACUGACAUUGAUAUUUUAAAAAGGGCGUCCUCAGUGUGCAAUGGCAACCAAAACGUCAAUGCGAGGCGAGGAGCUUGCCUAUUAGAUCAUUUUGAAUUUAAUAGUGGACCAAUGGGCCUUCCUCCUACAGGCGUUGAGGAUUGUAAUUUAAACAAUUAUAGCUCUAAAUCGUUAUCGGUUGACCAAAGCUUUGACAAUAAUGGAAUGGAGGGUAGUACGAUAAUAAACCCAACAAUAUCGCAGUUGCCAAGAGUCGUUAGUAACGGUUUGCGAGUUAACCCGACCGAUAACGAGAGUGAGCUAACCACGGCAGGCGAGCCGGCGAUGACUCAUCUUGACCCGGCAUCGCCGAACGCGAACCGCGCGAUACACACUGCCGGCAAGAUCGACCGUGAGUCACAGCCGUGUCGUGUGAAUGACAAAUCCUUUGCCACAAUUGCUCGGGAGGGCGAGUGGAAAGCGGAAGAGGCCAGUGAGGAAUGGAUAACUAUACAAAGGAAAAAACUUAGAAAUCGAUUUGUUGGUAACAAAGGGAUAGCCACAGUAGAUCCGAAUAGCAAUUUCAAAGCAGCGGACAUUAAGGUUCCCAUAUAUAUUUACAACGUAUCUAAGGAGGCAACUGAGGCUGAAAUUUUAAGAUUUAUUAAGAGCAAAAUUAACGUUACUGUGUCUUUACAAAAAAUGAACAUGAAGAAAAUGAAGGAUUACGAUGCAUACAAAGUGUUUGUCCCGAAGCAUAAAGCGGAUAUUUUCCUAAAGGAGGACUUUUGGCCAGACGGUGUAAUAUAUCGCCGUUAUGUUGAUUUCAGUCGGAAUAAUAAUAACAAAGUGAAAUAG